AUGUGGGGCCCGGGGCGUUACUUUCACUGUUUUUUCAGAGUGUCGGCCACCCGGAGCCACCAGAGCACCGUGGGCCGCCGGGAGGGCAAGGAGCGCUGGUAUCAGUACUGCGACGUCACGCGCACCGGCAACCGUGACCCGAACAAGCACUCUGUGGAGUCCAUGCGGAUUUUCCUGGAGGCCUACGAGCGCGGGGAGCCGCCAGAGGUGCCCAUCGCGAAGGCCUCGACGGAUUGCCGCGUGCUCCGGCUGCGCGGUGUGCCCUUCCAGGGGAGCACGGUGGACGUCGUGUCCUUCCUCUCGGACUACGGCGUAGACGAGAGCUGCGUGCGCAUGGGCUACUCCGCAGACGGCCGAAGGACAGGGGAGGCCUUCGUCGUCUUCAGCGACGCGGGGGUGGCCAUGAGAGCCCUGGACGAGAUGCAGAAGAAGGAGAUCGGCGGCAGAUACAUCGAGCUCUUCAGGUCGAACGAGGAAGAGAUGGCCGAGAACACGCACAUGCUGGGCGCGGCGGACAGCGAGACCGCCAGGAAGGAGGCGCUCGUGCAGCGCGUGAAGGGCAUCCAGCGCAGCAGCCAGGAUGGCAGGGCGCGGUGGGAGGCGUACUGCGACAAGGUCCGCACGGGCAACCGCGACCCCCUCAGGCACAGCGUGGAGUCCAUGGCGAACUUCCUCGAGGCCUACGACAGGGGCGAGGAGCCGCAGGCGCCCGAGCUCGACGGCACCGACGGCCGCGUCGUGCGGCUCCGGGGGGUGCCGUUCCAGGCCGGCGUCGAGGAAGUGGUGGCCUUCCUGGCAGACUUCCAGGUGAACCAGUCGCAGGUGUUCCUGGGGUUCGGGCCCGACGGCCGCAAGACGGGGCAGGCCUACGUCGUCUUCGACACGACCGACCUGGCCGAGAAGGCGAUCGAGGUCAUGCAGAAGCAGGAGAUCAGCGGGCGCUACAUUGAGCUCUUCAGGUCGAGCACCGACGAGCUGAAGCAGGGCACCCAGGGGGGCUUCUCCGCCGAGGUCGCCAGCGGCUCGGCCUCCGCGACUGGCGAGGGCAUGAAGGAGCAGCUCGUCGCGAACGUGAAGUUCAUCCAGCGAAGCAGCAGCACCGGGAAGGAGUACUGGGAGGCGUACUGCGACGCCCUGCAGAUGGGCACCAGGGACCCCCAGCGCCACACCGCGGAGUCCAUACGGAACUUCCUCAAGGCCUACGAGCAAGGCCUGUCGCCCGAGAAGGCGGUGGUCCAGAUCGCCAGCGAUGGCCGCGUCCUGCGGCUCCGGGGGGUGCCGUUCCAGUGCGCGGUGGAGGAAGUGGUGGAGUUUGUACGGGAGUACGGGGUGGACAGGUCGAUGGUGUCCCUGGGCCGCACGUCGGAUGGCAAGUCUACCGGCGAGGCCUUCGUCGUCUUCCCGUCGAAGGGCGCCGCCGAGAGGGCGCUGGCGGAGAAGCAGAAGCAGGAGAUCCAGGGCCGCUACAUCGAGCUCUUCCGGUCGACAUACGAAGACCGGGACCAGAGCACGGCCACGGCCGGCGGGCAGGGCUGGGACGAGAAGGACGAGCUGGUGGCCCGCAUCAAAGGGGUCCAGCGCCACGACGCCGCGGGCAAGGAGAUGUGGUACAAAUACUGUGACGACUCGAAGAUCGGGAACCGCGACCCCAGCAGGCACUCCGUGGAGUCCAUGCAAAACUUCCUCGCGGCCUACAUGCGCGGCGAGGCGCCGGCCCCGGCCAUCUCCGGCGACGGCCGCGUGCUGCGCCUGCGCGGCGUGCCCUUCCAGUGCGGCACCGCCGACGUGGUGGCCUUCCUGCAGGGCUACGGCGUGGACGAGGUGCAGGUGGCGCUGGGCCGCGGCGCGGACGGCAGGCCCACGGGCGACGCGUACGUGGUGUUCCCGUCCCUGGAGAUGGCGGAGACGGCCCUGGAGGAGAGGCAGAAGAAGGACAUCAGGGGGCGCUACAUCGAGAUCUUCAGGUCGAGCUACGACGAGUGGACGCAGGCCAUGACCGUCGUGGAGGCCGCCCCGAAGGGCAAGGACAAGGGCAAGGGCAAGGACUGGGGCUACGAUCCGUGGGCGGCGGACAAGGGCAAGGGCAAAGGCAAGGACUGGGGCUGUGGUGGCUGGGGGGACAGCGGCUGGGGCGAUUACGGAGCCAUGUACGGCAAGAUGGGACCGUACGACAAAGGGGGGAAGAUGGGACCGUACGACAAAGGGUACGACAAGGGGUACGGUAAGGGUGGGUGCGAGGCGGCACACGACUCAGGGUAUGACAAGGGGGGGAAGAAGGGCUACGACAAGGGGUACCCCAUGGAUUACGACAAGGGCUACGGCAAGGGCGCCGCCGGCGAGGUCAAGGGCGGCUGCGGCAAGGACGGCUGCAAGGGUGGCGGCUGGGAGAUGUGGGACGGCUACUCCAAGGGCAAGGCCGACUGGAGCGGCAAGGGCGACUGGAGCGGCAAGGGCGAGGGUUGGGACGGCGCUGGUGCCGCCAAAGGCUGGGCAGGGGCUCCUGGCGCGGCCGGCGCCUGGGGCCCGGAGGAGGCGAAGGGCUCGGGCAAGGCCGCAGGUCCGGACGCCUACGCGAAGGGCGGCAAGGCGCCAUACGACCCGUGGGCGCCCCCGGGUGUCGGCGGCGGCGGGGCGCCCGCAGGAGGCUGGAGCUGAUGGGGCAUGCCGCGGCCGGCCCCGUGCGCCGCUGCGGCGCCGCGGCGCCCCCGCGCCCGGCGCCCCCUCGGAAGUACGCACGACACCAGACAAUUGCUCGGGGAAUGGGCGUCUUUUGCGCUGUCAAGUAGACGACAGUGAUAUGGCUGCGCCGCGCAACGGCGGUGGCGGAUACGAUUGUGGCCGCAAAAGGUUUUGAGGACCUGCCCUCGCGGGCGCGCGCUGGGGCGGCGGCGGUGGCAGCUUACGCCGCGUUCCGCCUUUGGCGCGCCCGCGCGUUGCCGGCCGCGAGCAGCUUCGGCGAUGUCUGCAUGCGGCGGAGACCUCGGUCGCAUGUCCUAGGCAGAGGGAACGUCCUCCCACCUCUGGCGACUCGGAGAAAUCGCGCCGGAGGUUUGUCGUGCAGCUUCCAGACUCUGGAACUCCUUCUCGAACGGUUCCCUCUCUGAUGCCCUCGCCGUGCUUUUCCUCUCUCUCUCUUCGCCCUCCUGCCAUCGCCCUGUGUCACUCGUCCAUCGCGCCUGGUGCGAGGAGGCGAUCGGAGGCUGCUGCCCCCCCGCACCGCCCGAGCUGUCGCGGAGGCGCUCGGCCCAUUGCUUGGAGAGGACGCUGCGCCGCUCGUUUGUCAGAAAA